AUGUCUCUCGCCUUGAGCUUCGCCUCCAAGAAGGAGGACGAAAGCGGCCUGAGCUCCUACUACAACAACAAAACCACCAUAAUCCAGGAGGCCCGCGUGUUCAAUGAAUCUCCAAUCAGUCCGAGAAAGUGCAGGGCACUUCUGACCCGGAUCGUCUAUCUUCUCUAUGUCGGCGAGACUUUUGGAACCCAGGAGGCCACGACACUGUUCUUUGGAACGACUAAGCUCUUCCAGCACAAGGAUAGUGCUUUGCGACAAGCCGUUUACCUGGCGAUCAAAGAGCUUGCAACAACGGCGGAGGAUGUCAUCAUGGUCACCAGCAGUAUAAUGAAGGAUAUGCAACCCAACUCGGAGGUCAUUUACCGUCCGAAUGCAAUCCGUGCCCUAUGCAAGAUUAUCGACCCAUCCAUGGCUCAAGGCGUUGAGCGUUUCUUCAAAGCGGCGAUCGUCGACCGGAAUCCAUCCAUUUCUUCUGCCGCACUUGUCUCGGCAUACCACCUCUUCCCUAACGCGAAGGAUGUGGUCAAGCGAUGGGUCAACGAAGCACAGGAGGCAGUCAACGCGAAAUCGACGUCAAGCCUCUUUGGAUCGAGCGGUGGAGGUGGCGGAUAUCUUGGCUUUGGCGGAGGCUCGAACCAACAAUCUGGCCCACAAACUCUGCCAUCGACCAGCUAUAUCCCUCAAUACCACGCACUUGGCCUUCUCUAUCUUAUUCGUCAACAAGAUAGGAUGGCAGUCACCAAAAUGAUCCAGCAGCUGGGUGGAGGGAAAUCGGGUGCCGGCACUACAUUGAAAAACCCGAUGGCGCUCUGCAUGCUCAUUCGGUAUGCUGCAAAGGUUAUGGAAGAAGACUCCAACAUGCAGAGACAAGUGCUAGAACUUCUCGAGGGUUGGCUAAGACACAAGAGUGACAUGGUUAACUUCGAGGCUGCGCGGGUUAUCUGUGAGAUGAAGGGUGUAACUGCUGCACAACUGACAAAACCCAUCUCUGUGCUCCAGGUCUUUUUGACAACUCCCAAACCCGUCCUGAAAUUCGCUGCUGCUCGCACCCUUGCCGCUCUUGCCUUGACACACCCUGCGAGCGUCGCUACCUGCAACAUUGACCUCGAAACCCUGAUCGCGGAUCCCAAUCGCAGUGUGGCUACAUAUGCGAUCACUACGUUGCUCAAGACCGGUAACGAAGCCUCUGUCGACCGCCUCAUUAAACAAAUUAGUGGUUUCAUGACCGAGAUUAGCGACGAGUUCAAGGUCAUCAUCGUCGACGCCAUUCGUUCUCUCUGCCUCAAGUUCCCAACCAAGCACGCGUCUAUGCUCACUUUCCUCUCCGGCGUUCUGAGAGACGAGGGUGGCUACGACUUCAAGCGUGCCGUCGUUGAGGCUAUGUUCGACAUGAUCAAAUUCAUUCCCGAAUCCAAAGAGCAGGCCCUCUCACACCUCUGCGAAUUUAUCGAAGACUGCGAGUUCACAAAGCUCUCUGUUCGCAUCCUGCACCUUCUUGGAGUCGAGGGACCGAAGUCGCCACAACCUGCUAAAUACAUCCGCUUCAUCUACAACCGCGUUGUGCUUGAGAACGCGACUGUUCGCGCGGCCGCCGUAACGAGUUUGGCCAAGUUCGGAGUCAACUCUGCGGAGCCUGCGUUGAAGAAGAGCGUCAACGUUCUUCUCAACAGGUGUCUCGAUGAUGUCGACGAUGAGGUUCGAGACCGCGCCACCCUGUAUCUUAAGGUAUUCAAGGCAAAGCCUCUGGCGGAUGCCUAUGUCAAAGAAGAGUCCGUCUUCUCAUUAGCGGCUCUUGAAUCGAAACUCGUGGCGUAUGUGAAGGACCCGACGGCAGCUGAGCAACCCUUCGAUGUCUCUACGGUACCGAAGAUCAGUCGUGCCCAAGCCGCCCAGGAAGCUGCCCGCCCGAGUACACUGGACACCAUCGGUGCUCCACUGUCAAAGAAAACGGCGGAGGCACCCGCCGCCCCUUCAGCAGCGGAGAAGCAGUCGCAAUAUGUUCAACAGCUCGCCGAGGUUCCAGAAUUUGCCUCGUAUGGGCCUGUGCUCAAUAGUAGCGCGAACCCUGCACAGCUUACGGAAAACGAAACGGAGUACCAGGUUAAUUGUGUCAAGCAUAUCUUCAAGGAGCAUGUAGUCUUCCAGUUCAACAUCUCCAAUACUAUUCCCGACACUGUUCUGGAGCAGGUGUCAGUGAUCAUGCAGCCUCAAUCAGAAGACUCUGGUCUUGUGGAAGACUUCAUCAUCCCUCUUCCUUCUCUUGCUGCUUCCUCUCCUGGGAUCGUCUAUGUUUCCUUCACCCGCGAGAACCCAGACCUGUAUGCCAUCGCUUCCUUCCAAUGCACACUCAAGUACAUCAGCAAGGAGGUCGAUCCAUCAACAGGCAUUCCAGAAGAAGAGGGCUACGAGGACGAGUACCAAGUCGAAGAGGUCGAGCUCAGUGCUGGUGGCGACUAUAUCAUCCCCAGUUAUGCCAGCUUCGGCUCGGAGUGGGAUCGGAUGCGAUCUGCCCCUUCUGCAACAGAAACAUUUGCUUUGUCGGUGAUGGAGAGUCUCAAGGAGAGCACCCGGAAAUUGCGCAUGCGUCCCUCAUCUGAGCAGACCGAAGAACUCAAAAAGUUGUACAACAUCAACCCACACCCGACAGCGGAGCAGAGACAGGCCCUCGCAGACUCUAUUGGCAUGCGUUAUCAGAGCAUUACUAAUUGGUUCCAAAACCAACGCAGCCUCGCCAAAAAGAAGAGGGAGGAUGACGGAGAACCGACCUCCUCCCUUUCAGCUCCCAAACCCGAGUAUUCAGACGGGAGCCGGCAGUACUCGGCGUUUCCCCCGCCUUCCCACCCUCAUCCGUCUUUGGGCCUGCCUCCUCCGACAAGUCACCCGUCCCUUGUCCAUCCCUCCGUUCUGCGGCGGUCUCCCAGUGUCUCUCCCUCCACUGAAGGUCGGUCCCCGCGGAGAUCAUCGUCCCUCCGGAGCUCUACUCCAUAUGGCAGCACGCCUGCGACUUUCGCGCGCCCACGACGCUCGCGCCCUGAGCCAUAUCAGCUGGAGGCACUGAAAGAUCUCUUCAAAAAGACUUCCACACCCACCAUCGAGGAACGCUCAGCGCUGGCCCUUGAAGUUGGAAUGGAUGUCGGAAAGGUGACGAACUGGUUCCGUAAUCUCCGUCAGACUGCGAGAAAGCGCGCCAAGAAAUCGGGCAGUGGAGAUGAUGAGGACGAUGAGAGCUUCCAUUCUAGGGAGGCCUAUUCGGCCUCAGCGUCGCGGUCUGGCACGCCCUCGCUCGGAUCGUCGUCCUCGUCGCUCAACGAUGAUUCGAUGGACCUCGACGACUACGACAUGACCAACGUCCAUUCUGAUAACAACAGUGACGAUGAGUACCAGGAGGCGGUGACACCAUCGCCUGAGCCAUCGCCCUCACCACCCCUACCGUCGCUCAACAUCCUUGAAAGCUUCAACUUCCCGUAUCCCAUCGAGAUCGACAAGGCGUCUGUCAAGCAGUUUUCCGGGAUUAGAGUUGAGGAUGCCCUAUUGCUCUUGAGCUUCCACAACCACGUGCCCUAA